GUCUCGUCCCACUCGCACUCUCUGUCAAGAGCGCGGCGUUGACAGCCACUGGCCACUGAUCAGCCCACUUUGUCGGGGUUUGUGUCUCCAUGCAAGACUGCUGAAAAAGACGCUCAAAGGCACACGCAGCUCCACAGCCAACCGGUCCACGAACACUCCAGCACCAGCAGCCUCAGUCAUCUUCUAGACUCAUCACUGUCUCACAUCUCCCUGCACAAUGUCUGGAGAGGACGCACCUGCCCAGCAGCAAAACGCCGUGGACCAGAAGCAAGAGACCAAACCCGCCGAGGAGCCCAAAUCCGAGCCUCCCAAGACCGAGUCCGCGCCCGCAGCAGCCGCCGAGGCAGCGGCCACCCCGGCGGCCACCACCGAGAAGGUCCCCGAGGAGGAGGCGUUCACCUACCGCGCACUGGUGCUCACCGGCUACGGAGGCUACGAUAAAGUCAAGCUGCAGGUGAAGAAGGGGAAGCCGGUGCUGAAGGCUGGGGAGGUCCAGGUCAGAGUCAAGGCAUGUGGGCUGAACUUCGCCGAUCUGAUGGCGCGGCAGGGGCUGUACGACCGGCUGCCGUCCCCGCCGGUCACCCCGGGAAUGGAGUGCUCCGGGGUGGUGGAGGCUGUCGGAGAGGAGGUGACGGACAGAAAAGUGGGUGAUAAGGUGAUGGUGCUGAACCGCUUCGGGCUGUGGCAGGAGGUGGCGGUGGUCCCAGCCAGCCACACCUUCCUCAUCCCAGAAGGCAUGAGCUUCGAGGAGGCAGCGGCGCUCCCUGUCAACUACAUCACCGCCUACAUGAUGCUGUUUGACUUCGGCAACCUGAGGCCCAACCAGAGCGUCCUGGUCCACGCUGCUGCAGGUGGUGUCGGUAUUGCAGCCACCCAGCUGUGCAAGACGGUCAACGAUGUGACUGUGUUCGGUACAGCGUCGGCCAGCAAGCACGAGACCAUCAGCCAGGGCGGAGUCACGCAUGCCAUCGACUAUCGCACCAAGGACUAUGUGGAGGAAGUCCGCAAGAUCAGUCCAAAAGGGCUCGAUAUAAUACUGGACCCUCUCGGAGGAUCAGACACUCAUAAGGCCUACAACCUGCUCAAGCCUAUGGGCAAACUUAUCACCUAUGGUGCGGCUAACAUGUUGGCGGGCCAAAAGAAGAAUCUGAUCGCCGUGGCCAAGAACUGGUACCACCAGUUCUCCAUCCACACACUCAGUCUGAUCCAGGGCAACAAGUCGGUGUGUGGUUUUCACCUGGGCUACCUGGACGGAGAGACGGAGCUGAUCAGCCACGCCAUGAACAUAAUCCUGGAUCUGUACAAGGAGGGCAAGGUCAAGCCCCGCAUCGACUCCACCUGGCAUCUGGAGCAGGUGGGUGACGCCAUGAGAAAGAUGCAGGAGAGGAACAACAUUGGCAAAGUGAUCCUCACCACAGAGCCAAUGCCCGAGGAGGAGAAGAAAGAGGAGGCCAAGAAGGAGGACAAGAAAGAGGACAAGAAGAAAGAGGACAAGAAGAAGGAUGACAAGAAGAAGGACGAUGCCAAGAAGGAGGAGAAGAAGGAUGACAAGAAGAAGGAGGAGGCCAAGAAGGAGGAGAAGAAGGAAGAGAAGAAGGAGGAAGAGCCCAAGAAGGAGGAGAAGUGAGAGGGAGGACUGGAGAGUCAAGCAGACCAGCGGGAAGUUUAUGUCCUGGGAGCAGGGGGUGUGUGGUGUGGGAUGGUGGUGUGGGGUGGGGGUGGGGGUCUGGAGAUGAUGGGGAUUGAUGGGGUGGAAGGGUGUGGGUAGAGGUUAUGCAAGGAUGGGAAGGAGUCAUUAGGGUAGAUUACAGCAUUAUCACUCCACUGUCAUUCUUUCAUCUCUUCCACUUCCCCCACCACCUCACCUUCUUGAGUCCACUACAGCGGUGAUUCCUCAGGCCUGGCUCUACCGUACCCCCCUCCCCAUUUUGGUGAUCCCUCAUGUCUUUAAGUCUGAGAAAAUUUCACAAUCAAUAACUCCCUGUCAACUUUAAUCCCUCCUUUUCCACCAAAUUGAGUAAAAGCUAUCACUCAAAAAAGGUUUCACCGACGGGUCUUAAAGCCACAAGAGAACCACGGAGGACUGUGGUCCAGGCCUAGGGCAAAUCACUGUUUCCUUGACAACCAUGAUCCAUGCUUGCCCUCCGGCCCCGCCCUCAACCCACAUGCCCCUCUGCACCUCAACUCCCACUGUGCUAAAUUGUUCUGCUCUGACUUCCACCUGCCACCUCCUCCUCCUCCUUCCCCACCCACUCCCCCUCACUGUGCUGAGUCCCCCCUUCCUCCCACACCACCGCCCCCCCUCGGGUCGGACCCACAGACAGGAACAAAGACAGGCAGAUAAACCAAGAACCACACCCACACGUUGCUCUCAUGGUGUCCAACACUUAGUUAUGUCACUGAGGAUGAGUCAGACAUGCCUGUGAUUGGCUGAUGCGCUCCACCCCCUGGAGAUUUCUGCAUCAUGGUUUUGAUCAUGAUGUUUAGACAAUAGUGUUAAUGCUUUAAGGCCAUGCAAACCUUAGCGCCGGUGAUGUUUUAAUGGCCUUAACUUGUAACAGCUUUUUAUCAAUGUCCGUGCAAAUCACUCUGCGAUGCAUGCGUUGCCACAAAGUUCAUGUGGCUGCAGUUUUGCACUCGUCCGAAUAUGAAUUUCUCUCAUAAUGAGCCUUUCUUUGCAGUGUUGAAUGGGGAGGCAGAAAUCGUUGCUCGGCUUCGUCCUCCUUGGUUACAGAUUUUUGUAGCUGAACAACUGUUGGCAACAAGUGCACAGUGCCAAUUAAAAGAGAAUUUGUUUCUGUUAAAACACACACACACACACAAACAUACACUGAAUGUGAUGAAAGAGCCACUGUCAUGCUGAGACAGUGAAGCCUCUAAAAUGAGCAAGUUAAGAAGGUGAAUACCAGUCUUUUUCCUCAGGAUCAGGGCUUUUUCUUCCUCCCUGAUCCUCCUCGAGGCAUUCCGUGGCAUUCUGCUCCUUUCACCGCUCGCCUGUCGAUCAGCCCGACCUGCGAGAAGAGAAUUCAAUUCAAACUGGCGUCCAUACUUCGUCUCCCCUCCUUCUCUCUGCUUCUCGCCACUCUCUCUCUCCCUCCGCUUUCCAUUUCCCUCUCUAUGGUCGGCAUAGCAACAGGCGUCAGGCUCGUCAGAGAUGGCACUGUGGUCUGUUUCUCUGACUCCCUCUCCCUCUCUUUUCUGCCUUUAUAACUCUGUAUUUAGCAGCUGAGGUCAACCAGUAUUCCAACAGGUGCAAAAUGUUUUACAAAUUCCAGUAUAAAAUAUUAAAAAGUGUUUUCAAGAUUGUGAAAAUUACUUGACCGAACAGUUUUUUUUAAUGAAAUAUGAAUCUAGUAUUGACAAUGUGUGCAACCAGCAGUAUGCUGACUAACUAAACACACUGCUCCCCCUAUUGGCCAGAACUGAAUCUAUUUCUGGCGUAAUAUCAGAAGCCUAUUAAGUAUAAUCCUUUGUGUUUUAACACAAAUCCCACUGGGUGGAUCUUAAAUCUUUCACGUAGGAGGACACUUCAAACUUUCAACCGCAGACGUCUGUUCAUGUAUUUAUCUACCUGCCUGUGUCUGUCUGUGGGUCCGGCCUCAGUGUCAAGACUCAGAUGGUGACUAGUGACUUUGUAAAAAACAAAAACAAAAUGUAUUGAAAAAAAAAAAAAAAGAGGAAAAAAAAGUUGUUGUGUUAGCAUGAGUGGCCUCCCUCAUGUGCUGUGUGUGGUGUGCCAUUGUGUGUGACGAUGUGUGUGUCCUCAGGUCGUUUGUCAGGUUUUAAAAGCACCUACCCUUGACCCUCCACCCUCCACCCCACCUCACACACACACUCCUCUGCUACAGUAUUAUGUAGCUCCCUCCCUCCCUCACCCACCCAAUCCCCCUCACCUCCCCCUUUUUCUUCUAUCUCUCUCCCCGUCUGAUAAGAGGCCUGUGUUAUGAGGACAGUUGGUAUUAGUAUUUUGCACUCUGCUCGCUGAUCUUAAUGCACUUACAAGCAUGGCAGUCGCACUCCAGUCCCACAGGCUUUGAUUCUGCUCUGUAGAGUCACGACCUGUUUCCCAUCAUCGACUCACAAGUGUAUCUGCUGAAAAUCACUGAAAGCACAGGUGCCACACACACACACACACACACACACAUACACACACAUACAGGAGAAAAAAAAAAAAAAAAA